AUGGGGCUGUGUCUCCUAUUCUGCAUGGUCUGCCUGAUGGCUUCUAUUGGCAACAGUCAGGUUCCAGGUCCGCCUGGUCCCAAAGGUGACAGAGGAGAUCCUGGACCACCAGGACCAGCUGGGAUACAGGGUUUUAUGGGAGUUCCAGGUUUUCCAGGUCCGAAAGGUGAACAAGGGUUCCCGGGACCUAGAGGAGCACCUGGGCCAGUUCUGAUAUGUGGACGAGAUCCUGUUGAUUCUGUUAGCCAGGACGUUGAAACUUUGAAGAGGAGCAUUGCCAAGUUAGAGCUGGCAAUAAACUAUGACUUUGUCCGAAGAGUUGGUCAGAAAUACUUUGUGUCAUACAAGGAGCGAGGCUCGUUCUCCAGGGCUGUCGAGUUCUGCUCCCAACAAGGCUUAGAGCUGGCUUCGCCCCAGAGCGAGGAGGAGAACAACAGACUGACUCAGUUCUUUGGGGACGUUUACAAAAUAGCCUGGAUCAACAUCAACGAUAACAAAGCAGUGGGGAAUUUUGACUCUGAUAUGAAGAACCAACCUCUGACCUUUACAAAAUGGGGAGAGGGGCAGCCAGACAAAUCCAUCCAAGAUACAGGCUGCACCAUGCUGUCAGAAGAUGGUGUGUGGAGAGUGACACCUGAAUGCUCUCUUAGUGCUUACAUCAUUUGUCAGAUAUAGAAAGUUCUUGUAUCCCAGAGUCUUUUGUUUUUUUGUAAUGUUGUUUAAAAUGAUCAUAUGCUAAUAUCCAGUGCAUUAAAAAAAAUAUAGACCUUAACUUUAUCCUCAUUUUGAUGAAGAUAUCAUGGACAGGAACAAUUAUUCUUGAGGCCCAGACACACCAAACCAACAUAACAAGAAUAAUAGCAAU